AACAAGCCUAUGGAGGAAUUUUUAAAGACGUUGUUUGUUUGACUUUCCGCUCAAACUAGCUUUUCUUUCUACUGCUGCGUAAAUGCUGCCAUUCAACCGAAUAUAUUCAGCAUAUUGACAGAGCAGAUGGCUCUGCAGGUAACAGUGAAUGGAAAGUUCGGGGCCAACUUGAGGCGGCCCGUCAGCCGACUGGACGAUCCAGAGCGGGUGCGCAAAGAUCUCGAGAGUCAGCGUCGCAUAACCCGUUUGCAGCAGGUGCGUGAGAAGUCCAACCACCUGGCACGCCACAUCCGCGAGGAGGUGGCCGCUGAGAAAAAGCGUCAAAUCGAAAAACUGGAGCAGGUCAAGCAAAAGGAGCUAAAUGCGUGGCGUGAGCAUGUUUUGGUCAAAAAGCACCAGGACUACCGCUCGGCCAUUUUCCAAGUGGGCGCCGCCCAUCGUGCAGCGAGGGAGGAAAACCAGCGCAUCGAGCAGCAGAAACAGGAGAGAAUCGAGAAAAUCCAAAAAUGCCGCAAGCAGGCCUUGAAAAGAUCGGGAAAAGCCAGUGUGGAGUUAAGAGCCACAAACGGAAUGAAUCUGAAUUCGGAGGGACGUGCGACGGCGGGCACACAGACGUCCUUGGUGGAGGACAAGGAGAAUCGACUGGUCAGCGGUUGCCAUAAACCCUGCUGCAAGGGUAAGCGCAAAAGGACCGCCAGCUGUAGCUGUGCUACCACCGACGAGGAGGAGGAGGAGGGGGAAUCCUCACAGGACGACUCAUCCAUUCUGAUCAGCGAGAGUCCCACCAGCAACCGGCGCCUCCAGAAGACUCCCCCUGUUAUUCUUGACGUGGAAAUCAAUGAAACCAUUUCCGAAAGCCACAAAAAUCCAGAAGGUUUGGAUAUCAACGAUCGGUUUAUUCAAACCAACCGCAAAUUUAGUCAUGUGGUGAGACCUAGUGAGGAGGAACCCCAGCGUCGGCCGAGAUUCACCCAGAUCAGCGAUUUGGUGAGGAGAACCGAGACCACCACUGCCAUACGACCGGAUCCAGGACAGCAUAGGGAUACAGAAAAAAAUCCAUCAGUAUCUCCACCUCCUAGUCCCAAUAAGUCUUUGCCAAGAUCACCCAGAAAAAAUAUAGACCGUGAAGAGACUGUUCCCGCUGUAGUUCCUAGAAAAUCACCCACUAAGACAGCUUCAGGAUCGCCCAAGAAAAGCACAACCGCAUCACGCAACCUGCAUACAGCCAAGCGACCAGGACUAAAAUCCAAUCCAGCUCCUGCCAAGGUUAUAGAUGCAGGAAUUCGAAGGGGUCAGAAGGCUAAGACCCCAGCAACUCUGCCCAAAGUGACUUCCAUUCAGGAGCCAGCACCAGAGCCUCCGCGGAAUCUACAACCCAUUCCAGAGCAAAGCAUCCCACCCAUACCAAAUCCAACGAUGACCCAUUGUUAUCCUGUGCCGCAGACUCAGCCAUAUAUACACCCAUACUGCCAACAGCCGAUGCAACCAUAUGCGAUGCCAUAUUCAAUGCCAUUUCCCAUGCAACCACCUCAUCCGAUGUUUGCCCCACAGCAAAUGAUGCCGAAUCAGCCAGCUGUGCAUGUGCCCGCUGUGACUGCCCCGCCAAGCACUGCCACCCAGUCGACCGUCUCCACUACCACCUUUGUCAUGUCCACGCGGCAGGAUCCCAAGGCCACUCAAUCUGGGCGCGUUCAGUUUUACGAUCAUGGCAAUAAAUACCAUCGGACGUACGAUGCGCCCACGCAAACCGUGCAGUGCAAUGAGAAGGAUGCCGGCCAACUGACUGCAAUGGAUCAUGCCCGCAUCGAAAACCAACUGAGGGAACUGCGGGAACAAGAACUGGACAAACUCAGGAAAAUCAGCAACGAUCGUGGUCAGAAGGCUCUGGAACGCGAGCAAGUGCGUCGGGAUUGUGCGGAAUUGACAGAGAAACUGGAUGCCCUAACCCAACAACAGCCACAGCUCUUGCCGACUGAUGCCAAUAUUAUACCCAGUCAUCGGUACGCUGAUGUGGCUGCCAGGCGAGAGCAGAAAAUGAACGAGGCCAUGGAGCAGAUGCUGCUACGACCGGCCAUAAUCACCUGCCCUGAAGUGCGAACCAAACCCGCUUCUGCAAAUUCUGCGCGUAGCAAAUCCAACGCUCCGGCAGCACUCAAUUUGGGCGAGCCUCCUGUUCAAAUGGGUCGAGAUAAUCUGGGUAGCACGGAGAGCUGCUGCUCCAUCCUCCUCGACUAUGUUGAUGAUCAAAGCAAGCAGCUGAGGUCUGACCUAAAGGCCGAGCAGUCCAACUCUCUGAAAUCUAUGAGGUUGAAGAGCUUGCUCGAGCGCAUCGAAAAGAUCCGAAUUCAGUUGUUAGAGGAGCUGAAGGCCGGUGAGGCAGGCGGAUCAAGGAGUGACAAUGCGCAGGAAAUGAUCGAUAAUAUACGUCAGGAACGGGCGGACAUUCUAUCCGAAAGAACCAAAACGCUUAACGAACGAGAAUCAGAUCUGCAGCAAAAGGAGGCUAUUCUCGAGCAGCGUCUAAGGAAGUUUUAUAAAGAAACGAAGAGUAAAAAGUCCAGUGAAGGAGAUCAGGCAAAACCAUCCUCAAGGGACGAUGGGCCACUGGAGAUCAUCAUCAAGGUGAAGAGCGACGGCACUGUGAAGCAAUAUGUACCGAGGGGUAAAGCGAAAGCCAAAUUAAAACCGGCAGCCGUCGAAAAUGAAAAGGAAAAUCCCCUUGGCUCGUCAGAGAGCACGCCACGAGAAGAAGCUGAGAAGCAGCCAGAAAAGGUAAACGGCAAGCGAACUUUGUCACAAGAUCAGCGUCAGAUUUCAAUAGAUUCCAACUCCACCGCCUAUCGCAGUCUGCCGCCAGUGAGCUACAAGAACUUUAAUCCAGUAGUGGGUUCCAUGCCUUCUCCACCGACGGCUCCUCCAGCCGAGCCUUUGCAUCCCUUGGUUAUCCAAUACGUAAAUCGGUUGCUUGGGAUGACCCGUCACAGCAUAGAUGAGAUGGGUAUGAGUUCCUCUUAUGUUGCCACUCCGUCAACAUCGAUCAUCAACUCAUCAAGAAACGUAACCCCUUGCGUGGAGGCGGAAACAGAAAGAACUGAUAGGACUCACGAUGAUGAGACGGUGAUGAAUGAACAACGCAUAGAACGAGUGCAGACCUUUAUUGCAGACAACCGCAGCUUUAUCAAUGAUUUGCAAGACUCUAUACGAUGUCAGCAGCAGUUGCAGAAGGAGCAGCAAGCGCAGGACAAAGAGAAAAGUGUGCGAGCAUUCGACCAGAUAUGGAACAAGCGAUUGGCCAAGAAUCUCGAAGAUUGUCAGCCCAAUAGUAAAGAGAAAGAACAGAUAAGGCAAAAGAUGCAGCGACAAAGGGAAAAUGCUCCCACUCAGGGUGAAAAGAUCAGGCAGCAGCAAGCUAAUGAAAAAGUACAGCAACAAAGAGCUCCAAAAGAAAAAAACAACAGUGGAGGGAUAUCAUUAAGCCUGCCAACCGACGGAGUCAGUGGCAAAACCACAUCACGCUUUGUAACCGAUAAGACGAAGUCACAGUCUACUAGCGAAGAGUCCUCUGCCCGAAAUAUGGAGCGUUAUGCUCAGCUCACGGAGAAUUGUACACAGCGGAUUGCCGAGCUCACGGAGCUGAUCACCAAGGUGCGCGAGGAAAAGCAGCGUCUGGUGGAGGUCACUCUAACAUCGAACAGCGAUGGCGAGCGUCAAUCUACAGAGUACUUUGAGCUCCCAACUGGGCAGCAACAAACCAGAUGCCGGACCAUGUCCGAUCGCAGCGAUUCCCAAACGCCUUCUACAUCCGAGGCGUUGCCUCUGCAGAAGAAUAAGCCCACAGCAGCUAGUCGGGAUAGUGGCAUUGCGGACUCGCGUCCAAUAACGGCCCAGGGACAGGUUAAUGUGGAUCUGGAACCCAUAUCGCUGAAUUCCUCGACGCAGGGAAAUACGGCACGAGGCCGAGUGAAAGCUCCUCCAGCCACAAUAAGGCGCUACAGUCCUCAACUGAAUGCCGAGGAACUGGCGCACGAGCUGUCCACCAUCACCGAAGUGGAAACGCCGGGACAAUCUCAUAUUGUGGCCGCCACGCCAGUGCCCAAGCCCUUUCCCAGCUUUGAUCAGUAUGCCCGGGAGCUGAAGUUGGACCUGGCGCGGUUGGAUGCGGAUCAGAGCCAGCAGCUGCAGAGUGAAUUCAAUGAGUUGGUCCAAGUUAUCAGUCAGCGCACGCAAGGAGCCGACUACCGUGAGUUUCCUAGCAUAAAUGCCUAUCUCCAUAACAUGACUAGCACCCGCAUCCACCUGGAGAUAGGUCAGGACGCCGAUCAACAUACCCUGUCACCUGGCGAACUGAUGCGACAACUGCGUGUGGUCAAUGAUAAUAUACAGGACUUCCCCAAACGCAGGGAGUACUUGCAGAAACUUAUGGCCAAGCAACCCGCCGAUCAGAGGGAACUGAUUGAUAGCGCCAGUAUCGAGCAAGAUUCCUCGGAUUCCUUUAACGUAGAGCAAGAACUGCGUCAGCGAAAUAUACUGAGGAGCUCAUUUCGACGGGGUAAUGCGACGGACACCACAUUGACGGCUCAGGAGGUGGCCAGCAGCACGCGGCGGGAAAGCGUGGCCCCGGUUAGAAACGAUCCACCAAACGAGAGUGGGAUUGAUCCUCUCUCCGGCAGCAACUUCUCCAGCGACGCGGAGCGUAGGGCUCAGUGCUGGCAUGCCACCAUGCAUCAAAGGCAACAGCAGGUUGAUGAAUUGUGCAGCAGCACCACCACCUCCUCGCCGGAACGGCCUGCACGGAAACCGAGGCUUCGUGGCGGCCAGGAACGCAGUUACAGGUCCAAGGAAGACUCCUCGGUGCAGGAUGCGAGUCAGAUAGGAAGGUCCCUGAAUCUUAGGGAAUUCCUUACUCGGGAGCUUCUCAAACACCAAGUACACACCGGCGAAACCUCAGAGAGUUCGGAUGAAUCGUUGAGGGGUCACUUUCUCAAGUCCGUCCUGAAUUCACUCUCGCCCAGCAGCAAUACGCAGACACCGGGCGUGGGCCUAAGCCAUGCCACCGGAGCAACCAACGACAGACAGAAGACCUCCACUCCAGUGGGAUCAUUCCUCUCCAUUCCGGAGAAGUCCGGGUCCGUUCACAGCACUGGCACCCAACUAUUCUCCGGGGAGAGUCACAUCUCCCUGGUAAACUACCCAGAUGGCACCCCACCCAUUCCUUAUGAACAAAAAAGUAAACAGAGUACAAAUCAAACUCGCCAAUCCUCAGCUCAAAUAGUAUCAGGUGCAAAGACAUCCCAUCGAAAGUCACCUCGAAAAUGAUCGCGUAACUUUUGCUCUACUCGUUUGCUUAGGUUUUAAAUUGUACAAUUAAUGUUUAUGAAUUUAUUUAUAUUUUUAUAAACUUUGCAAUUAUGUAUCCAAAAGUGACCAUUAAAUUUGCUCAAUUUGUAUGUUAGGCCUUAAAUUAUAUCACCAAUUUUUAGAAACGUUUUUUAUAUUUUAAUAAACUCGGCAAAUAUUUAUUUAGUGUC